UCUAAACAUUUAUUUUUAACAGAACAGGAAUAUUAACAAUUAAAAGAAUGGGUUGUUCAUGAUUACUUUGCCCUAGGCACUUAACGGUUCAGUCAUGGGCAGUGCAAGUUUUGAAAAAAAAUCUAGCAAUGUCCGGUUUUCCGUGAUUGUCCUGCCCAAGCCGCUCUACUGUUUAGUCCCUGCUACUGCAGCUAGAGUAAAAUGCGGUCUAUAUGUGCAGGGAUAGAGCAGUAAUCCUCCCGGGACAUCUCGAUGAAGCUCUCCUGGAGGUAAUUGGAAAGCCGUUGCAUGAGGUUCCUGGGGAGAGCGGCCUUAUUGGGUCCUCCGAAGUACGACACGUUGCCGCGCCACGAGACUAUCAAGUACUCGGGAAUCAUUGCUCUGCACAGCAGGGCGGCAUACGGCCCUGGUCUUUGGAGGCUUUCCCGGAGCAUUCUCUCUCUCUCGCUGUCAGAGAUCCUCAUCAGGGUGAUGUCGCCCAUGGUGACCUGCUUUGAAUUAGCCACAUCUGCGACUGUCUCACAACCUAGCCUGGCAUCACACUCCCAGAGGCUAGCGAAGAUUAGGCAUAGGAAGAAGAGGACACGGGAGGACAUGUUCUCUGAACUUAUGGCCUGUUCCCAAGCCCAGGCAGCACAGCAGACCCAGUGGCGGGAGAAAUUGACCCAAAUGCAGCAAGCAAACAUGGAUUGGGAGGAGAGGUGGCGGCAGGAAGACCAGCAGGCGACUCAAACGCUGCUUGGACUACUGAGGGAGCAAACAGACACGCUCCGGCGUCUUGUGGAUGUUCUGCAGGAACGGAGGCAGGAGGACAGAGCCCCGCUGCAGUCCAUCUCUAACCGCCCUCCCCCGCCACCAAGUCCCAUACCCACCUCACCCAAAGUGCAAAGAAGGAGAGGCGGCAGAGUCCCUGCUAACUCUCACUCCACCCCUGCAGAGAGCUCUAGUAGCAGAAGGCUCUCAUUCCCCCAAACUUGAAAAGUUCUUUCCUUCCCGCCUGACACAAGCCCCCGUCCAAGUUUCACCUCCCAGUUCCAUGUGUAGUUGAUAAUAAAAAAUACGUUCAUGUUAAGUACUGUUUCAAUGAUGUUCUUUUGGAGGAGGAGGGGAAAGGGGGUUGGUAAUUGGACAGGACAGUCGCCUUUGGCAGGGUACAUAGGCGGGGGCAGGCACAGCAGCAGGGCACAUACACAGUGCAGUGAUGCAGUGACUAGUUACCCUGGUUAGUCUGGGAGGUUGUUUUCAUGUUAUGUGGUGGGGGGUGGGUUGCUCUGUGACUUUGUGGCGGGGGAGGGCAGUUACAGAUCUUAAGCGGCGGUCCUUAUG